AGGCUGGGCAAGACUUAAAAGGGAGAUGACCCUGGCUAGCUGGUGCCGCCUUUGACCUCCGACGCCCGGGGCAAGGGGACCCAACGGGGGAGAACGGGAGAAAAGGGCCACCGCUGAGACAGUCCCGCGGGCUCGCGAGGGAGGCGAACGGACCGGAGAGGCGAGACCCCCUGGGAGCGCCCGGCACCCCGCCACCAUGUGCGAGCUGUACAGCAAGCAAGACACCCUGGCGCUGCGGAGGAAGCACAUCGCGCCCUCCUGCAAAGUUUUCUUUGCUGCGGAUCCCAUCAAAAUAGUGCGAGCCCAGGGGCAGUACAUGUUUGACGAGAAAGGUGAACAGUACUUGGAUUGCAUCAACAACGUUGCCCAUGUGGGACACUGCCACCCAGAAGUGGUCAAAGCUGCCCAGAAACAGAUGGGACUACUAAAUACAAAUUCUCGAUUCCUCCACGACAACAUUGUUGAGUAUGCCAAGCGCCUGUCAGCAACCCUGCCGGACAAACUCUCUGUUUGCUAUUUUACAAAUUCAGGAUCUGAAGCCAAUGACUUAGCCUUACGCCUGGCUCGGCAGUUCAGAGGCCACCAAGACGUGAUCACUCUUGACCAUGCUUACCACGGUCACCUAUCAUCUUUAAUUGAGAUCAGUCCAUAUAAAUUUCAAAAGGGCAAAGAUGUCAAGAAAGAAUUUGUGCAUGUGGCACCAGCUCCAGAUACUUACAGAGGAAAAUACAGAGAAGACCAUACAGACCCGGCCAGUGCUUAUGCCGAUGAAGUGAAGAAAAUUAUUGACGAAGCUCAUAACAGUGGAAGGAAGAUUGCUGCCUUUAUUGCUGAAUCCAUGCAGAGUUGUGGCGGACAAAUAAUUCCUCCAGCAGGCUACUUCCAGAAAGUGGCAGAAUAUGUACACAGAGCAGGAGGUGUGUUUAUAGCUGAUGAAGUUCAAGUAGGCUUUGGCCGAGUUGGGACACAUUUCUGGAGUUUCCAAAUGUUUGGUGAAGAUUUCGUUCCAGACAUCGUCACAAUGGGAAAACCAAUGGGCAAUGGCCACCCAGUGGCAUGCGUGGUAACAACCAAAGAAAUUGCAGAAGCCUUCAGCAGCUCUGGGAUGGAAUAUUUCAAUACGUAUGGAGGAAAUCCAGUAUCUUCUGCUGUUGGUUUGGCCGUCCUGGAUGUAAUUGAAAAUGAAGACCUUCAAGGAAAUGCCACAAGAGUAGGGAAUUAUCUCACCAAGUUACUGAAUAAGCAGAAGGCUAAACAUACUUUGAUAGGAGAUAUCAGGGGUGUUGGCCUUUUUACUGGAAUUGACUUAGUGAAGGACCAUCAGGAAAGGACCCCCGCCACAGCCGAAGCUCAGCACAUCAUCUACAAGAUGAAAGAAAAGAGAGUGCUUCUCAGUGCCGACGGACCUCAUAGAAAUGUGCUUAAAAUAAAACCACCUAUGUGCUUCACUGAAGAAGAUGCCAAGUUUAUGGUGGACCAGCUGGAUGAGAUUCUAACAGGUUUAGAAGAAGCCGUUGGAGCCAAAACUGAGAGUGUGAUCUCUGAGAAUACUCCGUGCAGAACCAAGAUGCCUGAGGAAGCCCACUCGGAAUUGCUCAGUGACGGCAGCCUGGACCCCAAAGAAAAUCCCAGCCGAAAAAGAAAUGGAUUGUGCACAGAUAAACAUUCACUGCUCAGUAAGAGGCUCAAGACAUGAGAGACGAGCAUUUUACAACAAGAUAAAUGUCCAGAGUUACACAGAAUGAAUGGAAGUGUCCUUUCUGUUAAAAGCUCUAUUAUACCCACCAAAGGAAGAAUCUGCAUUCCAUUCAGACAUAAAUAAAGAAAUGAGUAAUAAGAAUAAUCCAAGUGAUAAUCAAACCCUGUCAAGAUUUAGCCUCUAGCCUGUUAAUUCCUUACUUGAGAUUUCUGAAAGUACUUCAUUUAUUCUACUCAAUUUCAGCUUCAAAUGGAAUAUUUAUUAAGUGGGCAGUUUUACUUCUCAUGUUUUAAUAUUUGACAUGACAGAGCAAAGUACAGUAGUAGGUUCCUGAACUUUGGAGACUAUGAAUUCUUUAAUGAUUUAAUUUAUAUAUAUUUAUGGACUAUAAUAAAAUAAAAGAUGAUGAAAACCAAAAAAAAUUUGACAAGAAAAAUGUUUACCGUUCCUUUGCGGAGAACAUUGGGGUAGUAAAAUCAACGCCAUUUGGGAAAAAAUCACAUACAGCAAAUGUGAAGAAGUGAAUGAAUAAUUUGGACUUCUGUUGGGGAACUAGGUUAAUCGUGGUCCUGUGGGGACGAGGGUGGAAGUGAAGAGGCCAAACAAGGAGUACACCCAGAAACACUCCUAAACGUGAUGUUGGCAGCAGAAGCAGUAGCCAAAGCGCUGCGUUCACAGUCAGGAGACCUCGGCUCUGGCUACUCAGACUGUCACCUUGGCAAGUCACUUACCUGUUAGGUGAGAAAUUAACUUUCAACCAAUCAUCUUCCUCUUCUCAUCCAGCUUAUUGCCUUUGCACAACCCCUGACACAUAGAGAUACACACAUUUCUAACCAGAGGUCGGCAAAGGGAAGUGAGGGAACCCAGAACCUCAAGAAUCUCUUCCUUAGAAGUGCUGGUACCAUGAGACAUCCACUUGGAGGCUCGUGUACUGACCUGGAAGAAAUGUGACUUUUAGCCUUGACUUCCCAGUAUCUUAUUGCCCUCGGAACAGUCAUUAAGUUUUGUGUGUUGGUUUCUGUUCUGUAAAGAAGAGAGAAUAAUUUUGCUAGGGCUGUUGCAUGAGAGCUGAGAA